UCAGCCAAGUGCUGUACAGCUGCGAGGAGGGCUUCGAGAUGACCGGACGCGCUCGUCUCACGUGCGACAUCGACGAGCGCUGGAACGGACCGCCGCCGCGUUGCGAGCCGAUCCGCUGCGACGCGCCGGCCGUCGUGCCCCACGCCUCCGUGGCCAUCGAGGAGAUCGACAUCGAGGACAUCGGCAGCGGCGGUAAAUCCAGCAGCGCCUCGCUACUGUCCCAGGGCCAGGCUGGAAAGAGCCUGUUCGUCGGCAGCAUCGUCACCUACACCUGCGACAAGGGCUACAAGCUCAUCGGCAAUCGGCAGCUGCUGUGCCUGACCAGCGGCUCCUACGAUCGCGCCGCGCCCAGCUGCAUAGAGGAUUCGCAGCGCGAGCCGAGUCCGACGCCGAGCUCGCCCGCGACGACCAAGCCGUCGAGCUCGAAGCCGAGCGCGACCCGAGGCCGUCCCUUCCUGCCCACGAGGACGCGAUCGACCACGACCACGCAGACACCGACCAGUCCGAGCAGCAGCAGCAGCACGUCGAGAUCGACCACCUCGACGGCGACGACGACGACGAACCAGCCACCGAUCCAGCGGGUGUAUCACACGACGACGAGAACGAGGCCGCAGCUGCCCACGACCCCGUCCUUGGUCGGCUCCGAGCUGCCCGCCAGCGUGAAGGAGACCGAGCAGAAGAGGCCGAGCAUCGGAUUGCAGAGGCCCGUGGAGACCAAGAGGCCGCCGGUGCACGAGAGCGCCGAUCAUCCACAGGACAAUGAAAUAUCCGGAAGCGGAGUGGAUAACGCCCACGCGGAGAUCGGCGCCGGCGUGCCCGAGCCCAACGGACCCUAUCGCAUCAAUCGGGCCGAUCAGCCCACGUCUCAUCAGGCCAAGUUGAACAUGACGAUGAUCAUCGGCGUGGCGAUCUUCGGCGCCGUCGUCUUCCUCGCCGUCAUCAUCACGACCACCAUCUUGGUCAUGAAAAAAUACUGCUUCAACAGCAGCAAGCACUACCGUCAUCGAGCCUCGCCCGACUGCAACACCGUGGCGAGCUUCGACAGCGGCUCCUCGGGCAGCCGGGGCGGCCUCAAUCGCUACUAUCGCCAGGCCUGGGAGAACCUGCACGAGUCCACCGGUCAGAAGAUGCCGGUGGGCGGCGGCGGCGGUUCGGUCCUCGUCGGGCCGCCCAUGAGCAGUCGCAGACGCGAGACCCUCGACGAGCCCGGCUAUCGGGACGGCUCGGGGGGCCACAACAAUUAUCGCCACCACGGCCAGCACAACAACAGCAGCAGCGUCGAGCGCGACGGCAGCGAGCUCGUGGUCAACGACGCCUACGCCAGCAAGAACGUCAGCGGGGACAAGAAGAGGCACCAUCAUCAUCAUCAUCAUCACUAUCCGAUCAAUCGCGAUCAUCAGGCGCACUUCUGAUGAUGACGAUUAUAAAAGCGAGGCGAAAAACCGUUUGUUCUUCUCUGUUUGUUAGAUAUUUAUAUACCAGAGUUAGGUAGCCGUGUUUAGGAGUUAUUAACGAAUCGCAAGAAAAUGAACAAAAAAAAAAAAAGAAAAACAAAAUGAUUAAAUCUUUCUCACAGCUCUUGGAAAGACAUGUAAAUACUUUGAUGAAAAAAAUUCUUUAGGUUUUUUAUUAUUAUUAUCCUUUUGCGUAAGGAAUCAAACCGCGUAUUAUCUUACAUCGUAAUUUUAGGAGUUAACGUUUACAAUUACUUUCUCUGAAUAUAUUAAAUAUAUUUUUUAUUGUUAUGCUCGUGUGUGCGUUUUUACAGAAAAGAAAGAAAAAGAUAUCUAUAUAUUUAUUAUACAUAAUGUAUACACGCUGGACGCGACUGGUCGAUCGACAUGCCAAAAAAAAAGAAGCACAGAGUAAAUAUUGUAUAUUCGAAAUGAAUAUUAUUAUUUAUUUAAUACGCGGUCGAAUUAUCAUUUCUCUCUUGUUGCGCGCGCGGACAGCGAUCGAAAACGGAAAUGCAUGUUAUCUUUUGUAUAAAUAUUAUUAUUACUGUACCUUCACCUGUAAAUCUUCUUUCAUGACCGAUUUUAAUGAUUAAUUAUUAUAUUUACCAAUAGAUUGUUAGUGCUUCGAUACUGUGCGUAGCGCAUCGCCGUUGAACGAUAUUUUUCGAGAAUUUAAGCGAGAAAGAGUCCGGUGCAGAAGCAUAGAGAGAGGCGUUGUAUUAAUCUAUAUCGAUAGAGAACUUGAUCGAUUGUGAGAUUGUGCUAAUGACGCGUUACAUUUUCACAGAUUAUUUAUUAUAUAUAAAAAAGAAAAAAAUUUUAAUCUAGUGGACACCUUGGCCUCCCCUUAAUAGAGUACAAAAAUCUUUGUAGAAUUUUUUUUCAAUAUUAUUACUUUUAAAAAGGCAAUUGUUAUCAUCUCUCAAGGAGAGGCCGACGUUUAUCCAGUUCAACGACGAAAU